AUGAAAAUAUUACGCGGAGAAUCAAAUGAAAAUUCGUUAUUAAAUGGUAAAAUAUUGGAAACAGAAUAUUAUUAUAGACCAUAUGUUAAUUAUUAUGAUGAUUAUACUAAUAAUUAUAACGAUUUUAAAGAGUUAUAUAAACGUGAAGGAAUAUACAUAUAUAAAAAAAAAAAUAAAAAAUCUCUAUUAAAUUCUAUAGUAAAAACUCUUAAGAAAUAUGAUAAACAGUAUGAGGAAGAUGUAAUGGAUGCGUUUUUCAGUAAUAAUAUAGGAUUUAUAAGCGUUUCAAAUGACUUUUCAUCUGUAGCUAGUAAUAUUUUUAAAGUUAUUUCUCCUGUACUUGCAGUACUUGUAUACUUCAUUACAAGUUGUAUAUAUUUUUCAUCAAUACCUAUCCUUUUAGUGAUAUCAUUUAUGGUUUUUAUAUUUACAGUUGUUUAUACUCUAAAAAAAAUAGCAAAAUGUUAUAUUAAAACCCUUAGCAAUGAAAAAAAAUAUAUGUUAUAA